AUGAAUGCAGAGCUACUUGUUGUGGCCGACGGUGAAUUUACGGUGGGGAUGGAAUUCAGUUCAAGGGAGGAAGUAAUCAAGGCAAUGAAAGACUAUACCAUCCGUAGAGGUGUAGACUAUCGGGUUUAUGAGUCGGAACUGACGACAUUCUAUGUUAAAUGUACACAAUAUGGCAAAGGUUGUGAUUGGCUGAUCAGGGUUACGAAAAUGCAGAUGAAGUCGAGAAUUUCUCAAGAUCAUUUGAAACUGGAUUCCAAGACAGUUGCAGAAGCAAUUAAGCCGUUGGUAGAGGUUGACCCAUCUUUGAAGGUGAAAUCAGUCAUUGCGGAAGUCCAGUCAAAGUUUAACUACAUCAUCAGCUAUCGGAAAGCUUGGUUAGCAAAGCAGAAGGCGGUUGAGUCAAUUUUCGGAGGUUGGGAGGCAUCGUAUGAAGCUUUGCCCAUAUGGUUUGAGACCAUGUGUCACAAGGAGCCGUCAGCAGUGGUUCACUUUGAAAAAAUGCCUGCGUACCAGGGGGAUGACUUGGUUCUUGAUAUCUGUGUGCUACAUAGAGUCUUCUGGAGUUAUUACCCUUGUAUUAAGGCCUUCAGACAUUGCAAGCCAGUAGCGCAGGUGGACGAGACACAUUUGUAUGGUAAAUACAAGGGUUGUUUGUUGGUUGCAGUCUCACAAGAUGGUAAUAACAACAUCGUGCUUGUUGCAUUUGCCAUAGUGGAGGGGGAGACUUCUGAUGCAUGGUACUUUUUUCUAAGUAACUUGCGUCAACAUGUGGUGACACGUGAUGGUGUCGGUCUUAUCUCUGAUCGACACGAUUCUAUCAGGUCAGCUAUUGAUCGGAGUAAUGGGGCUUGGUCUCCUCCUAGAGCUUUCCAUAUGUUCUGUAUCUGGCAUAUUGAGUCGAACUUCUUGAGGAAGUUCAAGGCACCUUACUUGCAGAAGCUCAUCGUCAAUAUCGGAUAUUCGAGGAUGAUACGGGAGUACCAGAUGCGCUACGAACGGUUAAAAGAACGGGGUGAGUCCUACACCAACUGGCUUGACCGCAUCCCACGUGAGCAGGAUGCUUUGGCAUUCGAUGGUGGAUACAGAUGGGGACAUAUGACUACCAAUCUUGUGGAGUGCAUCAACUCCGUUCUGAAGGGUGCACGCAAUCUGCCGAUCACUGCGCUUGUUAAGGCUACAUUUUACAGACUGAAUGAGUUAUUCACUAGGAAAAGAACCGAGGCUGAGGCUCGAAUUAAUGCUGGAUAUAUGUUCUCUGAGAUGGUGACCUCCAAGCUGCAUGCAAACCAGCGAGCAUCGGAAAACAUACAUGUAAGCUAUUUUGAUAGAGAACAUGAAGUCUUUGAAGUACGUGAGAUGCCUAGUGGGGUUGAGUAUGCAGUUGACCUACGCCAACAACGGUGCGACUGUGGUGAAUUCCAGGUUGACCGAAUUCUGUGUCGACAUGUUCUAGCUUGCUGUGCAAAUCAGCGAUUGGAUUGGCAAGUGUACGUUCAUGACGUAUACAAGAUGGACCAAGUUCGAAGAGUAUACAGGGCUAGGUUUAGACCACAGGGAAAUCCUACAACGUGGCCUGCUUAUCAUGGACCUCGAUUCAUUGGCAAUCCGUUUCUCAGACGGGUAACCAAAGGUCGGCCUAAGAUGACCCGCUUCUUGAAUGAGAUGGACACUAGCAUGUUGCGUGGUCCUAGGAGAUGCAAGCAAUGUAGUGUCGAGGGACACAGCCAGAGUAGAUGUCAACAUCGAGGUGGUCCAAGUACGAGGGCACCCGGAGAGUAG